GGCAGGCAGGCAGUAACGUGAACGUCGGGGUGGUGGUGGAGUCUGAUUGAAUCAGCUUAGUGAAGAAACUACAGCGGGAGGAAACACAGUCGGUCGGUCUUUACUUGCUCAGUUUUUUUGUCAGAGCAUUCCCUUUAAAAUGGCGUAUCACAACAGUCCGUACAGAGCUCCUCCGCACAUCAACGCGCCUCCGGACCAGGGCUUUCUGUGGAAUAUCUUCCAGAGGGUUGACAAGGACCGGAGUGGAGUGAUAUCAGACUCGGAGCUUCAGCAGGCUUUAUCGAAUGGCACAUGGACUCCUUUCAACCCAGUGACCGUCCGCUCCAUCAUAUCCAUGUUCGACAGAGAAAAUAAAGGUGGUGUGAACUUCAACGAGUUCGCUGGUGUGUGGAAGUACAUCACAGACUGGCAGAACAUCUUCAGGACCUACGACAGGGACAACUCCGGCUUCAUCGAUAAGAACGAGCUCAAACAGGCGCUGACUGGAUUCGGUGAGCAGCAAAGCUAUCGUCUUUCAGAUCAGUUCUACUGCACGCUGAUAGAGAAGUUCGACCGUCAGAGGAAGGGACAGGUUGCCUUUGAUGACUUCAUCCAGUGCUGUAUUGUACUACAGAGGUUGACUGACGUGUUCCGGCGGUACGAUACAGACCAGGACGGCUGGAUCCAGGUUUCAUAUGAACAGUAUCUAUCCAUGGUCUUCAAUAUAGUAUAACGCACACGGAUCAUCACAAAAGAGCACAACUGGACACAACUGUGCCAAAGCUACCGGCACCUUCCGGAUGUCUGCCAUGGUGGACACUACAAGAUUUUUUUAAACCUAAUAUUUAGCCCUAGUUGGGCUGUUUCACACAAAUUUCUAAAAUGAAUACAAUAAAAGAGGAACCUCCAGGUUUUUGAGGCUGUAAUACCCUCCAUGUGACAGUAUUUGUCUUGAGGUACAACUACAGUGCUUCACAUACUUCAAAAAAAUCUUGUAGUGUUUUGUUUGAGGACAAAUCUGAGCUACGUCUGUUGGGGUUGGGGAAUAUUAUGGACACAUUCUGUCUCUCUGUCAGUCUAUCUGUCUGUUAUUGUCAACAAACUUUUUAAUGUCUUAACUUUAAUUGAUACAAUUAAAAAAUAAUUGUUGAGAGUAAAAAUGAUGCAUUGUAAAUAAAAUGCAUUGCAUGCUUUUCAGGGAAAUUUAACCCCACGUUGAAGCAUGCUUUCCCUUUCUAAUCGUCUUUUCCUCAGCCCUGUUUUGCUCAAAGCCAUGUUUACAAAAACAGUGAAAGCAGGUGAUGUUCUGCGUCAAGAUUCACUGACAUGCCAGCUUACAUGCCAUAUUUGUACAAACUUAUUUUUAAUGGCAAAAUCUUCAAAAUGUUAGAACAUAUAAUUUUUGGUAGAGGGUAAGCGUAAUGCCUUUUAGUAUGGCUUAUUUUUUUGUGCAUGAUGCCUUAAAAUGUGUGAAAACAACACAAAAGAGAAAUCUUUUAUUAAAAAAUUGAAAAUCUGAUGUGGAGUUAGAUUUCAUCAUUUCUAGGAGUUCACGUUGCAUUGCAGAGUAAACAGUUGACCUGCAAAGUGGCUCAAUGUCUCCAUCUGCUGUACUUUAAUAGUGCCUACCACCGCAAUGCACCAACAUAAGACCCGGAUCC